CUGACUGACUUGUUCACAGCGUCGCAGCGCCCACCAGCAACGACCCCUACUCAGACACCUCCUGGCGCACCCAGCCAGGCCUACCCCCCACCCGCGUCCACUCAACCCGCGUCCGCAUACCAACCGCCCCCUCCUGGCGCCAACAACUAUGGCGCUCCUGGAUACAGUGGCCUACCCGCCCCAGCGUCGAGCGGAAACGUUGACCUGAGCUCGAUCCGACCGGUCAACUCUGGCACCAUGAGCAUUGCCGAUGCUAUUGCCCAAGCCAAAGCGUUCGCGGCCGAGAAGGGUGUGGCGUCCUACGAUCGCCCGCUCGUUUACGCCUCUGACUCCCGAGGCUCCGAUCGAGGCUAUAAACGGUCGAGAUCGCGAUCUCCCGCUCGGGAUGAGUUUCGCGAUGGCGUGAACCCAUAUCGCGAUGAACGACGUGGCGACCGUGGGGGUCAUGGUCGGAACUACGAUCGGGAUCGCUCUUAUUCCCCCGGUCCCCGUGGUCGAAAUUUCUCUCCUCGAGGAGGAAACGGACGGGAGAGGUCUCCUCUUCGAGGGGGCGAUGACAAUUCUGAAACUAUUCAAAUCGAAUCCAGCCUUGUCGGUCUUAUCAUCGGUCGACAGGGAGAAAACCUCCGACGUAUCGAAGCCGAGUCGAACUGCCGAGUGCAAUUCUUGACCUCUACCGAUGGAGGUCCCUUCCGGCAAUGCAAGAUUUCUGGUCCGCGACACCGUCGGGCUGAGGUGAAGGAAGCUAUCAACCGGAUUAUCGACGAUAGUGGAAUGGGCGCCCUGAACCGCCCUGACAAGCCUCGUGAUCCCAACAAGGGCGGCGCGGCGGCUCUUCGAGAGGGAGAAGAUCAUAUGCAGAUCAUGGUCCCUGAUCGUACCGUUGGAUUGAUUAUCGGACGUGGCGGCGAAACCAUUCGGGACCUCCAGGAACGAUCAGGCUGCCACAUCAACAUUGUAGGCGAGUCCAAGAGCGUGAACGGACUACGACCUGUCAACCUCAUCGGCACCCGAGAGGCGGCUGCCCGAGCGAAGGACUUUAUCAUGGAGAUUGUCGACAGCGACAGCCGGGGGGACGCGCCCGCUGCUAAGAGGAUGGGAGGAGGAGGUGGCGGCGGUGGUGGUGGUGCCCGACAUGAUGGCCCUCCGCGAGAUAUGGGCGGUGCCGGUGGCCCUGACAAGAUCAACGACUCGAUCUACGUGCCUUCUGAUGCAGUAGGUAUGAUUAUAGGCAAGGGUGGUGAAACUAUCCGUGAGAUGCAAAACAGCACCGGGUGCAAGAUCAACGUUGCACAGUCGACAAAUCCUGGCGAAACCCAGAGGGAGAUUGCCCUGAUUGGCACGCGCGAUAGCAUUGCUCGAGCCAAGCAAGCCAUUGACGAAAAAGUUGACGCUGUGCGCCAGAAGGGAAGUGGAGGCCGUAGCGGCGGCGGCGGCCGUGGACACCAGGACCUCGACCGGCCGAACUACUCUCAACAGGGAUCCGGUGCUCCUACUAACCAGCCAGCUCCAGCAGCUUCAGGUGACGAGCAAGAUCCUUACGCCCAAUAUGGUGGCUACCAGAACUACGUGGCGCUCUGGUAUCAGUCCCUGAUGUACCAGCAGCAACAGGGCGGACAAGGCACACCCCCG